GAGAGAGAGAGAGACGGUUCGUAAAUGUUGAAAUCGAUCUUUCCAACAAUCACAAGAAGUACUAGAGUGAUGUCUACAUUCCAACGCAAGCCUAUCAAUAUUCACUGUCUCGCAGAUUUGUGCCUUGUUCCUAUUGGCACUGCAACACCUUCUGUGUCGGAUGAGGUUGCUAAGAUCGAGCUCGUCAUCAAAAACUCUGGAUUGAAGCACACUCUACACUCCGCCGGUACCACCAUCGAAGGUGAGUGGGACGACGUGAUGAAUCUCAUUGGCCAAUUGCACCAAACUUUGCACGAUCAAGGCAUUCUCAGAAUCCAAAGUGAUAUCAGAGUUGGGACUAGAACUGAUAAGGCUCAAACAGCAAAGGACAAAGUCGACAUUGUGAACUUGAAGAUGAAACAAUUUGAACAACAGUAGAGGGUCAGCAGCUUUCUCUUGUUCAGUUCCUGUUUUUAGUUUUCUUCAUUAGUUGAAAUUGCACCAAUUGAACACUCC